UUGUGUUUCUGGCUCGCGCUGCACACAAAACACAGAAAUGGCCUCUGCAAACAUUUCAGAUGAGUUUCUGUGCUCCAUCUGUUUGGAUGUUUUCACGGAGCCUGUUUCCACUCCCUGUGGACACAACUACUGCCGGGCCUGCAUCAGCCGCUGCUGGAGCUCCGGGGCCAUCAUCCAGUGUCCGCUGUGCCAAGAAACCUUCCUCACAGCCCCCAAACUGAGAGUCAACGUCGAGUUCAGAGACAUGUUGGAGAUUUUCAAGAAGACCAAACAAGCAGCAGGUGAGGAUGGAGGAUCCCCGGCCGGGCCUGGAGACGUGCCCUGUGACCUCUGCGAGGGGAAUAGGAGGCGUAAGGCUGUGAAAUCCUGCCUGGGUUGUUCGGCCUCUUACUGCGACGCUCACCUGAAGCCCCAUCCCACCGUGCAGAAGUUAAAAUGGCACCAGCUGAUCAACCCCGUGGAUUCCCUGGAGGAAAGGGUCUGCAGGAAGCACAACAAAGUGAUGGAGUCUUUCUGCAAGAGAGACCAGUGCUGCGUUUGUUCCGUGUGCCUGAAGGAAGACCAUGUGGGGCAUGACGUCGUCUCUUUGGAGGAAGAGUUUAAUGCGAGGAAAACUCUGUUGCAGGGUGCAAACACAUCUAUAGCCGACGCUAUAUCAGAUAAAUGCAACACGGUUAUAAGGGUAGAAAACUUGAUGACGCAAAGUAGGCAGAAGGUGGAGGAAACUAAGGUGGAAGCGAACCAGGCCUUCGAUGGUUUGGUUGCCGCGAUCCUCAGUAAAAAAACUAAGCUGAUGGAGGUUUUGGAGGAGAAGCAGGAAGCUGCAAGGGAUAAAGCACUAAAGAGACAGCUAGGGCUGGAGAUCGCAGAACUCCGUCAGACGAGUCUGAAGAUGGAAGAAAUGUUAAAGACAGAGGACGAAUUUCGACUCCUGCAGAACCUACCAUCCAUCCCCUCUGCACCAAACACAAGGCAUCGCUAUACAGAACGCAAAAGUCUCCUGCAAGUAGAGGAAGUCUGGAGAGCGGUGGCUAAAAUCGAGGAGACGCUCAACGAACACAUGGACAAGAUUAUCAGAGAGGUCCUUCAGAGGGAUACGGAAGAGGAGGCCUUUGAAGAACAGCAAACCCUGUUUGAUGAUGAACUUGGUAAGAUCCAGGAGCAACAUGCAGUAAAGGUGACUUUAAUUUUUACAACAUUCUCGAGGGCCGUACAAAUUAUUGAACUCAACCUCUGCUAAAAAAGACUAAAAUCACAUUCAUUUCGCCUUUCUUUCAUGCUGUGCAAAGAAAAAGCAACCUCU